GGUUUGAGUUUAGUUUUACGAGAUCUGCUGCCGCAAACGGACGUGUGCGUACGGACUAACGAAGAAUUAAAUGAAUUCAUUGUUUUGUGGGCGUAACGACGAGAACGAACUGCACUUGAGUGGUGCAUACGAGUGUGUGUGUACGCGCGAAUUUUAAAUUGUGCAAUUGUUUUUUUUUGUGCGCUUCAUCGCUGUAUCAAAUGCAACUUUUUGCUAAAACUCGUUAAUUUUUGCGCAAAGUAAUUAACAUUAGUUGAUUUGGGCAAAGCGACUUGUUGUUUUCGCCUGGAAAGUGCUAAAGCAAAACGAAAUACAAUAAAUACAGGGAGCUAGUGAAUCAAAGCAAGGCGAGUGCAAAUGUGUAAUUUCGCCAGGCUGCAAAUGUGUAGAAAACAAAGCUAAAGCAAAUUGUAAAAAAAAAAGUUAAACAAACAAAAUAAAUUAAUUUAAAGCACGAAAACUGCUAUAUGUAUGAAGUGUAUAUACUUGAAAUAUCGAUAAUAUGAAAAUUGUUAAAUAUUGAAAAUAUACAAAAAUUAGUAAAAUUUUACUUAGAAAAUCUUUGAGUCGUGCAGAAAUAAACGUGCAAAGUGUUAGUGUUGAAUUUCCUCUUUGAAAUUCUUUGCUUACCUUUUUCUCGCAACAACUACGUUAUACGGUAUUCUUGAUUUGCGCUGCCGCUUGCAGUGUGCAACUUGUCUAGCCAACUCCAGCAUUUUAAGCCAAAUGUGGAAUACGACGACGCUUCAAAGUUACGGAAGCCCAUUUAAUUUGAACGCAGCAUAAAAGAAAUAAAGGUAAGUCAAGCGAGGUAGCACUAAAGCUAAAGUUUAUGUACAAGAGAAGGACAAGUCUUUGGCUGAUACUUUUCCGAUGGGGUUUGUGAAUUCACAUUCAUAAUUCUUAAAAGUCUAAUAAGUUUCCAUUCCGCCGAAAUGUUUUAUAAAGAUAAAUAUUCAAAAUUCGACAUUGAGUAGUGCAUAAGCAAUGCUAAGUUAACAACAACAACAAGACAAUAAACUCCAACUGCAGCUGAGUAAGCAACGAACGUGCAUAAAUCAAAAAUAACAACAGCAAAAACAGCACAAGCGUGGGCAAAUCAGUGGAAAUAAUCGAAAAUCUGACACCUCCGGAACUGCGAGGAAGAAUUAAGCAGAAAUAAAUUAAAAGCAAAAAGAAAAAACCUGAAAAUUUAUAUUCGUAAGAAACCACGCGCCAAAGAGGAAGUGGAAAUUGUAAACCAACACAAAAGUCAACAACAACAAACAAGCAAGACUUUUAUCAACUUUGCGUGAAAUCAAAGAAGCGUUAAAGCGAUAUACAGUUAAAAGAAGUCUCAGAAGAAAUAAUAACCAUAUCAAUUUGUGGAAUUCGCUUGUGCUUUGUGGCACGCGCCGUGAUUUUUAUGAUGUUGCACCUAAACACGCUGGAAAACGAGCGACGCAGUUGAAACCAAAAAUAUAAAACGCAGAAAAAAGGGAAAAUCUAGAUUUAAUUUAUUUUUUGAACAUUUAGUAUCAAUUUAAUACACACACACACACUCGCGCAGCGCUGAAAACAAUUUUCAGCUGAACUUGAAAUGCCUACAGAAUGUGAGCGUACGAUCGCCAACACGAGCCAGAACACACAGCCAGGAGAACAGCAGCAGCAACAACAACAAAAACACGAACAAUUGCAAGCGGAACACUUGCAAGCUAAAGCGGAAGAAGAAGAAGUAGCAGCGGCAGCACAGCUUGAGUUUUAUGACGACAUGGAGGACAAGGAGUUAAGUGGCGGCAAGAUGUCCACGUCCCAGACAUCGACGACGUCCGCAACGAACGGCCACAGCGGCAGCAAUCAGGCGAAUGGUGUUGGCAAGAAAACGUCCAUAAUAUCGCCGGAUCCCACUUCAUACGUGACUAAAGCGCGCGUCACACGUCCCACACCGCCGCCACCGUCCUACAACCCGAUGCAAUUUGUACAGAUCAAACCGUGUAAUCUCUACCAGACCGCACAGGAGCAGCUCAAGAAGGCUGAGGAAGUGAAAAAGAUUAAGGAAAUUAAGAAGGAAGAGCCCGAGGAUUGGCAGAAUAACUUGGACAAUUGGAAAUCGUCGCGUAGAAAACGUGUCGAACACAUCAUCGAUCGAGUUGUGGAAGUGAAAAAACUCGAAUUGGAAGAACACGACCGGACACGAAGAAAAUCGAAGACGUUCUCUGAAAUGAUGGAAGAAAGAGGUGAGCGUGGUGGUCCGCGACGCGCCAAAUUGGCCUCAUUAGCCGUUUACAAUGAAGACGAAUCGAACGAUUUGAGCGAUCUUGGCAUUGGCACCAGCAGUGCCAGCGGCAAGAGUAGCCAGUCAGAGGAUUACGACAACAACAGUGUACUGAGCGACAAUGCCGAACUUGACAAGGCCAUAUUUGAUAAUAACCAAAAACCCAGUAGCAUCCCUGCGCGCGAAUACAUCUCCUCACCCGGCUACGAUACCUCCUCCAGCACCGCGCCUGGCAGCUCUCCCGAUCCAUGCGAAUACACAUAUGAGGGCGCCAUUCAAGACUACAAACAACGCGUCUCGCGCGCCAGCGGUGGCAGUGCUUUAGCCAAUUUCAAACUCAACAGCGCCAACACAAACUCGGCGUUAAUUUCCAAAAAUAACUCUUCAAAAGAAAACACACCGGAUUGCGUCAACACGGUAGCAAACGAUACCUAUCCCACACGUCGUGGCAGUAAAAUCGAGGACCGCCUUAUCGGCUUCGAAGUCACUUCACCCAGUGAUAGUCAAGAGGGUUUAGAGAAGAAAGUUGAUGUACCAAAAAUCGAUAUAUCGAAACGUAAAGAGAUUUUCGAAAGUCAAAACGCCAACUCAGAACCAAAGUCACUGGUGGGCAACGGCGGCGCUGGCGGUGUAGCUGUACCACGCGUUACAUUGCGCGAUCGCUUCAAGUUGGACGAGAGUGUGUCCAAUAAUGGAGAGGUACAAGAUUCCACAUUGAAGCGUGAAGUUAAACGUCUAUCGGGUGACAUCACGAGCAUACGAUCGCGUAUGCAAAGCUUAGAGCAACAGCAAAAUUUAGUCAGUUCAACGAAUGGCGGCAAUGCCGGCAAGGCACCCAGCGCAAAAUUAGUCGAUAUACCAGUGCCACCAUUGAAGGAUCGUUUGUCUAGUUUACAAAAUGCCGUAACCAAAGAAGAGGUGAGAAAGGCUCCGGUAGCACUUGUCGAUGCACGCCAGCUGGAGAUCAUGAAAAACGAAGAGGAGGAACGACGCUUGAAACUAAUAGAGAACGAGAAGAAAACAGUGCAGGAAGUAAGCAAUGUGGAAAAGAAAGAAAUUAGUGCGCCAGUAGCCGAAGCCACGGUGCCACAAAAGGUGGUGGUAAAAAUCGAUGCGCCCGAAGAGGAAGUCGAUCGCGAUGACAGCGGUAUUCACACCGCCGAUGGUGAAAUCGAAGCAACAGAAAUCUCCGAGCAGGAACAGCAACUGAAUGCGGCUAUUGCAGCACUGGCGCUGGAGGAGCAACAGCUAACCGAAGCAGCCAAUGCCGUGAACCAAAUAGAAGCGGAGUUUGCAGAGCUCUCUACCAGCGCAGUGAACGCCAUCGCCAGCAGCCUGAACACAGUGUCCACCACAAAAGCAACUAACGAACAGCCAUGCGAAAUGGAAUUUAGUAUCAACGAAGCUCUUGAAUUGGCGCUGGAUGCAAUUGACAAAGAGACCGAAUUCACCAUAAAUGAUACAGCAACAAUAAAAGCAACUACCAAAUUAUCGAACACAAUUGCAAGUAGUCAUACAAGCAACAUAAUAACAACAAAUAAAUUAGCAACUACAACAACAAUAGCGAUGUCGACAAAAACAACAGAAAUGGCAAUAAACCACCAAAACAACAAUAACAAUAAUGCGCAAGUGAAUGCUUUAUUAUGUGCAAGAGAUACUUCGAACAAAACCGACGAAGAGAAGGAACGUAAAAGUAAGCAACAACAACUGCAACAGCAAUUUGUUGCAAAUACACAUAAUUAUAUGCACAGCGACAGCAACAAUGGCGAUAAAAGCAAACAUAGCCUAAAUAAAGAUAAUGACGAUAAUUAUAAUAAUGAUGUUCAUGACGAUGAUGAUGAUGUCGAUGGAAGAAGGGAGGAGUCGCGCGAGGCGCUCAUCUCGCAGGAACCCAUUUACGAGAAUAUCUCGGCAGCAUCUACGCGACAAGUAGAUGCUGAAGCGAAACGAAUCAUUCCAGCGAGUAUAUUUAAUGACAACAACAACAAGGUCAAUAUGGAUAUUUACAAACAAAUGAGUCAAAUAAAUAUCAACAACAAUAGCAGUAGUAAUAAUAAUGACUUUGAGAAUUCGUUUGCCAAUAAUUCGCUAAGUAAUGCAUUGACUAACAACAACAACAAUAACAUUAGCAAUGAUAUUUGUAGCUAUAGCGCUAGCGAUAACAACAACGUAAGCAUUGUUGAUAGCAAUUUUAUUGAAUUAACCAACGCUUUCGCUAAUGCUACAACAACUAUAACAACAGCUGCCAGCAAAACAGCAACAACAACAACUCUAAUAGAAGCCGUAGCUAGCAACUCGCUGAUUGAUAGCGAAAAGACCAGCGCUACCGCAGCCACAACACAAAUUACAACAAUUGCAACAGCAGAAGAUUUCAAAAAUAUGGCAACAACAACAAAAUCAAUUGAAAUGAACUCAUCAGCUCACACUUCUGAAAAUUCUUCCACAAUCAACAAACCAACAGCAGUGGACGCACAUACGGUAACCGAUGCCAACGCCACAACUCUGGCAGAACAUGAACCCUACUAUCAGGUGCCGAAGUCAAGCGAACCAUACUACGAUGCCCCCAAACAUUUGCGCCCCGUGCCGCUUUAUGAGAAUAUCGAGGUCUUCUACACCGGCUUGGAGAACUCUACAUUGGCUAGCGGCACUGGCGCCGCUCUUAAUGGCAGCAAACUGGAACCGCCGAAAGAGAAGCCACCACCGCCGCCAGUAGAGAGUCCUCCGCCGUUCGACGAUGUGGACAGCAUCGAUAACACUGACACUUGGUCUUCGGACAACACCUACGAGACGAUUUCAUCGCGCCUCCCACAUGUCAAUGGUCUGGCCGCAGACCAUCCUUCGCCGCCCAUCAAACGCAUGAAUUCGACGAAACGCAUCAAGAAGGAGUUGCGCAAUAAACGUUCGAGUUUCUUGGGCAUUGAUACCACGAAUUUAGAUGAUGAGGAGACCUACUUGGAAUUGACAGUAGCACCGCCACCAGAUAUGGCGCAACUGUUGCAGGAGGAGCGACGCUUGGAAAAGCAAUUGUACCUGAAGGCGGGUCUGUGUGAUAGUUCAGACACAGGCGAGAGUCGCGACUCGGGCGUCUCUGAGAAUCACUCACGUCAAAGCAGUGAACAUUACACCAACUCAUCGGAGGAAAACGAUCGACAAAUCGAUACACCACCGCAUAGCCUCAAGUGCAACGAGCUCAUCUACCAGAACGAAGCACUACUGACGGCUGCGCAGACACCACUCUUGCAAACAGUGAAAGGAAACUCCGCCGAAUCAUGGACUGAGUCCGCCACUGUUGCUGCCGCCGCCACAAAGUCAUUGACAGAGGCCACCGCCACCGCCAACGCCAAAAUGCUCUCCAUCGAGGAAAAGAUACGCGAACAAGAAGAAGUUCUGCGUGUUGAAAGAGAGCUGCUGCAGCUGGAACAGGAGGAGUUGAAGCGUCAACGAGAGAACUUGAUGCUGCGUGAGAAUAUGGCACGUCGUGAACUGCAACAUGGCGCCAAAAUGCUUAUGUCUGCCAAUCGGCGUUCACUGCAAGACCUUAAUGGCGUGAACAUGUCGCUCGCCGGUGGUCUCCCAAUAACAAACGGCGGUCCAGCUGUAGCCUUCCAAACAGCGAUGCCACAAUAUGCCAUUGCCGCGCAUAACAUGCAACAGCCGGCGCAGCAACAAUUUGGUGUACCACAUCUGGCUACGCAGCCAACACAGCAAAUCUAUGCAAAUGUACCAAAUAUUGAACAGCAGUACUACCAAGUGGACAUUGACUAUCGCAAAUCCAUGUCCGACCUCCAAGAGUUCUCCAAACGACACAUGCUGCCACCUAUGCCACCAACGAAACCGAUGCGUGCCAUGCAAGUGGCCACUUCAGCCAAUGCGCUGACCGUCAACGGCGCUGAAGACUUCAUGGCAUCGCGACAUGCCUUGAAUGCACAGGGUUUCGGCGGCUCACUGGUGAAAAUCGCAGCACCAACAGCAGCACCACGUGGUCACUCAGUUCACCCCAUCAAUCACCAAUACCCCGCUCACCACUCAACACAAAAUCUGAGCAACAGCAGCGGCAGCAACAACAGCAUUAGCGGUGUUAAUGCGGCGCCACCGGCCAUACCAAAUGGACACGCCGCAUUACCAGGCAAUAUGUCGCGUAAUACGCUGCAUGCGCUCAGCGCUACCCCGAAACCAAAGUACACCGACGGCUGGGUGCAAGUGCAGCAACGCAAAUCGUUCGAUACGAAUUUGGCCAAUGAUCCUGCUUGGCUCUCAGCAUAUCAGCAGAAACGCAAAUCCAUGCCGGAGCCUUAUCACGCCUAUAACAACCACUGGCUCGUGCAAGAAGCCGAACAACGACGCAUCGCCGAGCAGCAGCUGCGACGCGGUGGUUCGACGACCACAACACCGGUGCACCAGCAAAACGGCAGCGCCAACAGUAAUGGCAAGCCGCUGCCAGAUUCCAUCAUACAAACACUAACGGAACGUGUGCAGAGCAAGGGUAUCGGUGAGCGAAAGCGAUUCGACAACUAUAACAACCAAGUUGGUGUUUUGGAGAAGAGUCCGUUACACGCUGCCGCCACAUACUAUCAACACCAACAGCAGCAGCAGCUCUCGCAGCCUAUAACGCCCUCACAUCAGCGACUACUCAGCGGCUCGACAUUGGCCGCAAUGCCACCACAAGCCAAUGUGAACGCCUCGCCGGCUCAUCAGCAACCACAGCCACAGCAGCAGCAACAGGACAAGGUGUUGAGUGUCAGUGGCAAGAAGAAGUGUUCACAUUGUGGUGACGAAUUAGGACGCGGUGCCGCCAUGAUCAUCGAAUCGCUGCUGCUCUUUUACCACAUCAAUUGCUUCAAGUGCUGCGUGUGUCACGUGCAGCUCGGUGACGGACUGAAUGGGACGGAUGUGCGCGUGCGCAACCACAAAUUACACUGCCAAAAUUGUUACUCCAGCGAUGAUGGCAUCAAAUUCAGCUGCGUCUGAGGUCAACUGAGAGAAUCCGAGUGGAAAAGUGAAAGCUGUUUGGAAAUCGAGUGGUUGGGUCAUAACUGUAGAAAGCAGCUGUUGUUGUUGUUGUACAAUCAAAAUGCUGCUGGAGUUGUGGAGAAACACAUACAUACAAAAACAUAUAGCUGUUAAUAUAAUAAUAAUAGCUGUUAAUGUAAGAACCGCAAAGAAUCGGAGGCGAAAACUCUACAACAAGUCAAAAAGCGCUUAAGUCGUGCUGAUAAUUUAAAAAUAUAAAAAAAUAUUGAAUGUUGAAUAAUUUUCAUAUUUAUAUUUACACAUUUUGAUGUUUCAAUUUACACUUUUUAAAAGUAACGAAAUUUUCAAAUUUUACAUUAAAUGAAUUUUACGAAAAAAAACAAUACUUAGUAACAUAUACAACAUAUGUAUGUGUCUACUUAAAACUUACGCUAAAUGCUUAUGAAACAAAUUGAAAUCAAAAAAAAAAUUGAAUUUGAAAUGGAGGUAAUCAAUUCUACAAUAACUUGUGUAUAACGCAAUAGAUAUACAUACAUAUAUAUAUACA